AUGGUAUUCUUUCAGCAACUGCAUGGUAUUCCUUGUUCUCUUGAAGCUCUUGCUAUGCACCUUAAAAAAGAUUACGAUAUACAGAAAGAAAUACGGAAGCUCAUUUCUGAUGCUCGAACUCUCUGUAAAACGUUUGUCGACAUCAUGGCAACUAAUAGAACCGAAGUACUCAAUAAAAAACAUGCACUCAUGGUAGUAACACACCCAAGUGAAGUAGAUGUUCAGAAUCUAAAAAUGGCUCUGAAAGCAAUGCAAGAUGCAAUUAAGACAGUAAGAGAUGGUAUGUUUGUUUUUCAAGCAAGCGUUCACAAAAGAAUUGAAGAAUGUAGAGCACGUAUUCGGCAGCAUAAUAACACAAUUGAGAUUGAAAAAAUAAAAGUAACUCGCCUGAGAAUCGAGAUGAGAGAUUUGGAGCGACAAAUAUCUGACUGCGAAAAAGAAGCAAAGAUACAAGAGGAAUCAGCGGAAAGGUGCGAAGAAAAUGCAAGAACACUAAGUAGAGAAGCAGAUAAGCUUAAGGCGGCUGGGAUAUUAAGUAGUGGCAUAACGGCUGGAGUUGGAGUUUUGUUUGCACCAUUUACAGGAGGACUAAGCCUUGCUGUCGCCGGUGGUGCUGUUGUUGGUAGUAUGAGCGUUAUUCUGUAUAAAGUUUCACAAUGGAAUGAGAUGGCAGGAAAACAUCGACAAAGAGCAAACGAAAUACGUUCUGAUGUUGCACGACAUAGACAAACAAAAGCCAGUUUAGAAAGGGACACAGGCGAAAAAGAAAUGGAAAUAAACUCCCUGGAGAAAAAAAAUGACAAACUUUCUAUGACGUGUGGAAAACUAAACGACAUAGAGAAGCAACUGUUAACUGCCAUAUCUGUUAUCAAUCAAGUAACAAAACAUGUACAGGACCUUGAUACAACUCUUUAUGCUACAGAACAUCAAGGAGAUUCCUUCAGAAUUAUACAAAAUGCAUCUAACAGGAAGCCGGAAAAACUUGAAGGUAUUGCUCAAGAGUACUUGAAGGAAUUAAAGGAGAAAUGGGAAUGCGUCGAAAAAGAUCUCGUAAAAUCACAAGAACUUCGCUCAUGACGGAGUGAAUUCAGUGAUCAUAACAGUUCGGUUCCUUAUAAGAAAUGAGACUAGAAUGAUCCAUAUUCUAUAUGUUAUUGUUGAUAUCAUGAAAACUGUUGCAGUAAGUUUAUGAUAAGGAUCACAUUAGAAAUAACGACGUUAAAGAACAUUUUCCGUACGAUCUUGUUGUGUUGUUAUUUGACAUACAAACAACAUUUAUAUCGUACAAAAUUUUGUUUCGACUAUUUUCAAAUCCAUUUGACAUCACUGGUAACUUUACUAUAAAGUGCAUCCGAGUUAGGCCUAAAGUGUAGGGUUUAGAAUGGGAAUGAAUUAAUAUAAUUAUGGCCAAUUCCAAUGGACGGUUUUAAGACCUUUUCAAAGAUAAUUUGCACAUUAUAUUGUAAUUCAUUUCAUAUUGUACUUUUGAAGCCAUAUUUCGCUAUGCUUUUAUUUUAGCUCCAGUAUAUCUAUCCAUUUAGAUUUAUUUCUAUUGGGUAUAAUCUUACAUUUUGUACAGGUAGAAGUCACCACAAAUUUGCACUAAAAUGUUUGAGCUAAAUAUAACCACUUUGUAAUCAUUCCGAUAAACAUUGUUUCAGUAUCGGUUUAUAAAUGCUCUACUCUGAAGACGCAAUUUAUACCUUUUCAAAGAAGACAAUAAGACUGACAUCAAUCGACUUUGGGGGUACUUUCAAAACACCUGUCCAUAAAAAGAAGUAUGUUUAACAGUGAAUGAUAUAUAUAUACCUUAUAAAUACUGAGAUGUCAGCACAGAUGGUUUAAUAAAAAAAACAUAGUCAUCUAAAUAUGCAGUUUUAUUGUGUUUUCUUUUAGAAUGGUCAACAUCUUUGUUGUUGUGAAUUUAAGACCCGUUACAACACAGUGACCUACUUUUUCCCCACAUGAACUUCAUGAAAAUUAUUCUUAAAACACAGCUGUAAUACAACUAUACUACAAAUAAGAGUGGGUAAUUUAAGGCUACUCUAGAGUUAUGAUAUUUUCAAAAUUUUAUCUGUAAUUCUUUCACGCUUCUAUUUCAUCUAGUCAAUCUUUUUGCAGUGUAUGUUAAG